GCAAGCCUUGGACUGGCAGUUAUCAAAUGCGACAUGGAGAUGUGGGCGUUUGUGUUAAAAUCAUUACACAUGUCCAAAUAUUUCUACACAUGUCCAAAUAUUUCUACACAUAGGUAGUCUGACGGACUGUGCUGAGGAUCUAGCGAUGCUGCCACCCGUCUGAGAACCCUGUACGAGCUGCAUUAGCUAGUUAGCAUCCACACCAAAGCCACGUAGCUAGCUAGCUGGUUUGUGUAACAUCACAGCUUUUCUGUCCUGUUGUCAUGGACGAGGACUUUCUGCUCGCCACUCAGCUACAGGAGCAAUUUAACUAUGAAUAUGAGACCUCGUUAUUUUCAUCAGAUGGCUUUGAGGACAAUGACUUCGGGCAGAGCAGUAAGAAACGGAAAGUGGAGGUGACUGGAGGUGGCAGUGAUGUUGUUCCCUGCUGGAAGCCGACUCCUCAGCCCGAGAGGCCGCUGUCCAUCGUGGACGAGUCCUGGGAGAUGCUUGACCCCAGCCCCGAUGUCAGGGCCAUGUUCCUGGAGUUCAACGAUAUGUUCUUCUGGGGGAAACUUAGCGGAGUGGAGGUUAGGUGGAGCCCCAGAAUGACACUGUGUGCUGGUGUGUGUUCCUAUGAGGGCCGAGGUGGACUGUGUUCAAUCCGACUCAGUGAGCCUCUGCUGAAGCUCAGACCCCGAAAAGAUCUGGUGGAGACCCUCCUCCAUGAAAUGAUUCAUGCACUCCUGUUUGUGACCCAGAACAACCGAGAUAGAGAUGGCCACGGACCAGAGUUCUGCAAGCAUAUGCACCGGAUCAACAAGGCCAGUGGGACGAAAAUUACUGUCUAUCACAGCUUCCACGAUGAAGUUGAUGUGUACCGGCAGCACUGGUGGCGUUGCAAUGGACCCUGCCAGAGCCGCAAGCCCUACUUUGGCUUCGUGAAGAGGGCUAUGAACCGGGCUCCAUCCUCUCUGGACCCUUGGUGGGGGGAUCACCAGAGGACUUGUGGUGGGACUUAUACCAAGGUCAAGGAGCCUGAAGGUUAUGGCAAAAAAGGCAAAAAGGAUGGCAAGACUUCGGAGAAGAAGGCCUUAGGAAAUGGGAAGCCUUCAAGUACAACUCCAGGAUCUUCUGGAUCUCAGGAUAUAAGGAAUGUCAUCCCAUUUAGUGGAAAAGGCUUCCUCCUUGGAGGGAACUCUCAGAACGCCACGUCUUCCUCCCCAUCUAACGAAGCACUCGUGCCUGUUGUGAGAGCACCUGUGUCCAGCCCUCUCUCCUCUCCUAAGAAUUUCUUCACCCCUCCAUCUCCUGCUAAAAGUCUCACCUCCCCUAUUCGCUCUGGCCUGGAUGACUCAACCAAUGGGAUCCCCAGCUGCUUUCCCUCAGUCAGAGCAGCUACUUCCACAGGGAAAAAGCCACCCAUAAAGGUGUCUGUCGGUAACACAAGGGUUUUUGUCAACAUUAACGGCUCACCGGUAAGAAUCCCUAAAUCCCACAGCAGUAGCAGCCAAGGAGCAGAUAAAAUCAAACAGAAGUCCAUUGACGACCUCUUCAACAGCACAAGCCUCAGGAAGCCAGUGACUCAGUCCUCCAUCUCCAACACAGAGAGUAAAAGAGACUCACUGAUGUCACCAAAGAGUACCGCAAUUACCAAUUUAACUUCUUCACCUCCUAGAUCUAAGCCUAGUCUCAAUAUUUCCAACCAUUUUAAGUCCCAAUCUGUAGCUUCCACAGGAUCCCAAAGCAGUGCUGCUAAACCCACACAGUCCAAAUAUUUCACUGAUUGUCACAGUAGCAGUACAUCAGGAGCAGCUGGUGAGAGUCAGACAUCGAGGAAGAGGCCGUGGGACAACCGCAGCAGCUCAGCCAGCAUCUUUGACUUCUUCCAGAAGACAUUAGGCAGCGAUUCAGCAGCAUCGAGGGAGUCGAUAAAGACAAAGUCACCUGCAAUGCAGCAAAGAACUGCCACCAUUACAUCCUCCUCCUCUACAUCUCUUCAGUCCGCUGCAGGACUUCACAGUGUCGCCUCCUCUUCCUCAUCCUCCUCCUCCUCUUCCUCUUCCUCUUCUUCCUCUGCACUGAUGGUCAGCUGUCCUGUGUGCCAAGCUAAAGUGCAGGAGUCAAAGAUCAACGAGCAUCUUGAUUCCUGCCUCUCCUGAAUGAGAAUGAUGAGGGGAUGUUGCAAAUAAACCAACUUCCAAACAGGAGAAGUUUCAGGGAGUUUGCUGUGAUGCAUUUUUUGGUUCAUCCUCAUGUUGCACCAAAAGUUCUUAACUGUGAGAUUUUAAAUAGUUUGGAUUUUAGGCGGAGGCCUCCCUAGUUUUACCAACAGAUUGGUUAUUUUUCAUAAUUGUUAUUUUACUGUAAUAGUGAUAGUUCUUUUUUCUACAGUGCCUGCUCAACAGCUUGUGCCUUCGUAUAUCAGAACAGAAGGGUUUUAUAGAUAAUGUAGCUGAAACUGAAUUUUACUUGGGUUAAUAAGGUCAUUCCCACCAGAUGUUAACAACAAUGAUGGUUGCUUCUACAUACAAAUCUUGAAUAUUUACAUACUGAUUAAGCAUUUCACUGCAUGGCCUAUUACACCAGCCUGAGCUGCGUUAGUAAGUUGUAUUGACAGUACUGCACUUGAAACAGUAUUUAUUUCAGAAUUGAUCAGUGUGAUGUGAAAACAGAUCAGUCAUGGUUUAAAUGAAGAAGCGGCUAUGUUGUAUGUGGGUUGAGUCUUGGCUCCUGUAAUCUGAUGUAUCCUCCAUCUCAGAUCUGCAUCUGCUGCCCUUCAGACAGCAGAAGACACCGAAUGAUCUCUGCUGAUCUGCAGGGAAUCAGAUUUCACACUUGCUAGCAAUUUAUUUCUGCACGUCGUCACAUUUACUCUGCACCCAGCUGCAAGGUCAGCCAGUGCAGGGUAUUUGAUCAUACCUUAAUACAGUGAUGUUACCAAUGUAAUUCACAAGUCAUAUCACAGUAGUAGAAUAAAGGAGAGUUUGUAUGCAUUUUUAUGGUUAUUUUCUGCUGAAAUAUUUGAGCUGUCUGUAUGUCCCUUUAUGUAUAUGUUGUCAAGGAGAUUACAGAUUCUGUUCAAGUUUGCAUUGCUAAAUAAAACAUUAAUAUUAUUCUGAA